AUGGAUAUGGUUAGGAGAAACUACUUGCUCUACUUGGCUGCGUUGAAGCUACUGCUCAAUCAUAUGCGUUCUUUCAUGCUAGAUCAUUUGCAUGAGAACUACAGGCAAGAGGGUGAAGCCUUAAACCAGCGGGCAGUCGAAGUAAUAAGAUACUUGGGGUUGGUUGGGCGCCAUGCCCUCACAUUUCCCCACAGUGGAAACCAUGAACUGCCUGAGUGGCUCGACCAGAGAUACAGAAUGGUCAUUGCCGACAUCGACGGGUGUAUUGCUCAGAGCAAGUUCGAGUGGAUGUUGGAGUUCGGAUUCCUCCGACGGGUUCAGGUCACGGCCGCCGAAGCGAGCUCCGCCGAAACCUGCAGCAUCUGUCUCGAGAGCUUUCAAGCGGGCAGUGUGAUCGGUAUUCCGCAAUGUGGCCACCGCUACCACUGGGAUUGCAUCACUCAGUGGUAUGAUAGAGCAAAUACAUGCCCGCUCUGCCGGCGCUACGUGCUGGAGAACGCCGACGUACGUCGAGUCUGA